AUGUGGCAGUUCUCUGCUCUGCUCUUCCUCCUCCUCCUCCCAGGCUGCUCCACUGCUCAGGAUCCAGUCACAGGUCCAGAGGAGGUGAGCGGUCAGGAGCAGGGCUCCCUGAUAGUGCGGUGCCAAUAUGCCUCACGCUGGAAGGAUUACAGGAAGUACUGGUGCCGAGGAGCUGAGAGGAGUUCCUGUGAGAUUCUUAUUGAAACCAAUGCAUAAAAGCAGUUGGUGAAGAAGAACCGUGUGUCCAUCAGGGACGACCAGACAAACUUCAUCUUCACAGUGACCAUGGAGGACCUGAGGAUGAGCGAUGCUGGCAUUUACUGGUGUGGAAUUACGAAAGCUGGAUAUGAUCCCAUGUUUAAAGUUCGUGUGAGCAUCGACCCGGGUAAGAAGUAA